AUGGAUAAUACGUCUCAUUCUCUGAUGUUCACUCUAAUGGUGCCCAAAGAUUCAAACUCAUUUAGACACAUAUAUAUUACUUGUUUUCUUUUCCUCUAUUUGCUUAUAUUGUCAAUUAAUUUUCGACUUGUUUCUAUCAUUAUAAUGGAGAAUUCACUUCAUGAACCAAUGUACAUAUUCUUGGCUCAUCUGUGUAUAAAUGGGGUUUAUGGAGCCUCAGGAUUUUACCCUAAAAUGUUGUCUGAUUUAAUAUUGGAUUCAUAUGUGAUCUCUUCUUACAUGUGUGCUUUGCAAUCAAUUGUGAUUUAUAGCUCUUUACUCUGUGAGUUCACAAUACUAACAGUCAUGUCAUAUGAUAGAUAUGUAGCAAUAUGCAGACCUUUAGAUUAUCAUAAAAAAUUAACUAAAAACACGUGUCUGAAAUUAACGAUUUUGUCUUGGAUUGUACCAAACAUCUGUGUGAUUCCAGGAGCCAUGUUAUCGAAUUUAAGGACAUUUUGUAAAUAUCACAUUGACAAAUUAUAUUGUGAUAACUGGUCAAUUGUAAAACUGUCCUGCAUAUCAUCUUUUGUUAAUAAUGUUUAUGGCUACGUUGUGGCUGUUAUAUUUUUAGGCUGUGCUGUUAUUGUUGUGCUGUCCUAUGUUAAGCUCAUUGCUGCAUGUAAAGCAUCUUUAGAAAGUAGAAGAAAAUUCUGGCAAACCUGUUUACCACAUAUAAUAUCACUGAUAAAUUUCACCUUUGCUUUUCUUUUUGAUUUCAUGUAUAGUAGAUACGGUGCUAAUGAUAUUCCAGAGAGUUUGCGUAAUUUUCUGGCUUUAGAACUGAUUAUAGUUCCUCCUGUUGUUAAUCCUCUAAUCUAUGGAUUAAAUAUUAAAACAGUGCGCAGAAGAGUUUUCCCCACAAAAAAUUUUAUGAAAAUUUGGCUUUAUAAGCAAUGA